CGUCUCUCCAAUCUUUGCGACUUGCCACCAUCGUCUUCGUCCUUCGUCGGCACUCUUAUCUACCAUGGCCGAUAUCAACGCGAUUGCAACUCAAUUCACCGACUUUUACUACCAGACGUUCGAUUCAGACCGAUCCAAGCUUGGGUCCCUCUAUCGCGGCAACUCGAUGUUGUCAUUCGAGGGCUCUCAGAUCGCUGGAAUAGAGGGCAUCGCUGACAAGCUCGUGUCCCUGCCGUUUCAGAAAGUGCAACACAAAGUAACGACAUUGGACGCUCAGCCGUCUUCGACCACUGUUGCAAGCCUCCUUGUCAGUGUAACGGGGUUGCUCGUUGUCGAUGACAGCCCGAAUCCCCUUCAAUUCAGCCAGGUCUUCCAACUCUUACCCGAGGGCGGAAGCUACUACGUAUUCAAUGAUAUAUUCCGACUCAACUAUGCGUAAAUCAAUCACCUUGUUUGUUGUAAAUAUGGCAGUGCAGUGAUAAUGAAAGGCGGAGAUUAUGCGGAAUGCAUAGUCGAUAUGUAGUUACAAGUUUUUUUUGCAGUUGUGAAUGGAUGGACAUGAACCGUGCUUGUAGAAAUUUCGCCAGUCGUUGUGCAGUCAUAUCAACUAGUCAUCCCCGACAGGGGGGAUCAGCGACGCGGCCCGAAUCUGUCAAUGGCGAUCAUCUCGUUACGAUGAGCCUCUCUUUCCCAGAGGCUGCUCCACCAUGUCCUCGCGUGCCCACUACUCGCCGCUCCCCCACGAUGAAUGGGGCGUCGAGAAUGAACUUGACGCCGCCUUCGACAAUGACGACGAAACCUUGCCUUUGACCGCAUCCGUUGGAAGCUCACAACCCCCGCAAUUACAGCAUGUGCCUGGCGCCUAUGACUUUGAGCGGGAAUAUGACCUCCCUCCACCUGGCUCACCGCCGCGUCCGUCUUCCGUAGCUCUGCCGAACGACAUAGGCAAUUCCAACGGGCGGCUACCUGGCGCUAUCGCUCGACCAGCCCCUAGGAUAUCCCUGAUACGUAGGGCUGUUGGUGCUCUACUCCCAACGCACUACAGUCGAAUUCCGAGUCAGGAUCCGACGCCGAGGACGGUCGGCGGGGGGAGUGAAAACGAUGGAGUGUUUGCAAACGUCAUGGCCAAACCUUCGCGGUCGCAAGCUGUUCGUGGGGAAGAUGGUCAAGUUUAUAUCGUGCCCGAAGAUGCCCAGAAGGAAGCACCGCCUUCGUAUGCUGCUGCUCAACAGGAGGAAAAUGUGCCUCCGUACUGGGAGACGACAGUCCACGCCCCUUCCAUGGGCGACUUCGGGACAGACAUGAUCAUUGAGGAUUUGCCCACCGGGUCUGCAUGGAUCUUCGCUGCCAACUUACUGAUAUCGUUCUUCUUCCAAUUCGUCGGAUUUAUGUUCACUUUCCUGCUUUCCACCAGCCAUGCUGCCAGAUAUGGCAGUCGGGCUGGCUUGGGAAUCACCCUCAUCCAAUUCGGAUUCUCUUCGCGUUCGGGUAGUUCCGAAGGUGGUUUCGGCGAUGACUCGGACUACCAUCCGAACGCCACCACUGGGAAUUCAACCAGCUGGAACACAACUACCCCGGGUUUGACGCCCCCAGCCGUUCCGGACGCUGGCUCUGAAAUGGAUAUCACUGUGGGGGGAAUCGCUGGUCGAGACUGGUUGUCCUUCCUGCUGAUGACUCUGGGAUGGUUCAUCCUCCUCUCGUCAUUCAUCGGUUACUGGAGAGUCAAGCGCUGGGAGCGUUCGAUUCGGCGCUCGUCGCAACCGCUGACAGUGCAGGACGUCGAGGCUGACGCUGCCACCCGUCGCGACCUUUCGGCUGCGCUCGGGAUAAACGUCGACCCACAGCCAACCAGCCAGGCGAGACCUCGCACUGCAGAAGAACAAGCGGCAGAAGAACAGCUUGAACGCGAUUUACGCGCUGCGGGCUUGUUAUAGCAUCAUUUAUCGCUGUUUGGAUGGCGCCCAUAAUAUUAUAAUCCAGCUGUUGUAUCGUACUGUGCUACGUCGCACUACCGAAGAUCUGGUAGCGCCGGCAAAUGCUAGGGCCGAUUUCGU